GUUCUCAUUCAACACAAUCAUUUCAACACGAUGACAUCUGCAAAGUUUAUCUUCUAUCUGACAUGUUUGUUCUUGGGGAAAAUGGGUGAGUUGUGUUUUAGUGACUUCAGUUUGAAUCUUUUAAAGUGUGUGGCCACUCCUGAUGGCAUUGCUUCAGAUGUGUUGAUUCAUAGUAUCAUGAAGUGUAAUCGCUUCGUCUCUUGUAUCGCUUCAGUUCAGACGACCGACCUGGAUUCCUUCUCAUCUGUUCAUCAAGGGAAUAGUUUUCUAUCAGUUGAAACUUGGGGAAACUUGACGUUAAAAUGUUUUUAUGAAGCCAGUUCAGCAGCAAAGCUUUACUGGUUUAAACACACUCUGGGACAGAAACCAAGGCUCAUCUCAACCUCCUACAGGUACACAAGAGCGACUUUCAAUGCUGAAUUCAAGAAUUCACGCUACACAGUGGAUACUGAAAAUGAUCAGAAUCACUUGACGAUAAAAGAUCUGCAAAUUAAUGACUCAGCUACUUACUACUGUGUGAGCAGUAAUACACACAAAUUGGAUUUUUUUACUACAACUACUGUCAGUGUACAGGGUUCUAGUUCAAACAUCCCAACUUUGCUCCAUCAGACACCAUCAGAGACCAUCCAGCCAGGAGGCUCUGUGACUCUGAACUGUACAGUACAAACUGGGAUCUGUGAUGGACAACACAGUGUUUACUGGUUCAAAGACUCUGAAGAAUCUCAUCCAGCACUCAUUUACACUGAUGGAGGCAGCACUGAUCAGUGUGAGAGGAAACCCAACACACAAACACCCACCUGUGACUACAACCUGCCAAUGGAGAGCCUGAAUCCGUCUCAUGCUGGAACCUACUACUGUGCUGUUGCCUCGUGUGGACGCAUUCUGUUUGGAGACGGGACCAAGCUGAACUUUCCAGAUGAGAAGGACUCUCGUAUCUUGGUGUAUUUCUUGAGUGGAGCUCUAACUUUUACCAUCAUCCUUAAUGUCCUUCUGGUUCUCUUACGUUGCAUGAUGAACAAGAGAAACCGCUGUGAAGUAACAGGUAUUGUAAAUACUACUUUGUGUGUCUGACA